AUGGCUCUCAGGAACCACAACAUACGACAGACCAUAGCACAAGAUCCAGCGGUCUGGUCGAGUGUGGUGGCUGCAUCGACCAAGGCCAUACUUUUCCGAUACCACUACCUACCAUAUCUAUACAGCUUACAUUUUCUCGCAUCAACGAAUGGAACGACCGUUGUGCGUCCGCUGUUCUACGAGUACCCUAACGACAAGGAAACGCACAACAUCGGCCACCAGUCCCUAUGGGGAAGUUCGAUGCUUUUCGCUCCAGUCGUUGAGCCGGGCAAAACGUCAAUCAAUGUAUAUCUGCCGGAAGACACUUGGUACUCCUUAUUCGACUAUGAGUAUGGCCAGCUAAUGCGCAAGGGCCAUCAGGAAUAUCCAACUCCAUGGACUUCUCUUAUUCCGGUUUUCGUCCGAGGUUUUUCUUCAUUUUGGUGUCUUUUAUCACUAUCUUUCUCGAACUCGAUUACCUACUGGAACUGGAAUGUAGCAAACGGACUCCUGCUCUAG